AUAAGUAUACUGGACAAAAACACUUUCAAGAUGAUGGUUCUUGCAUACUUCACCUUUGGUACUUUGUCUGUGCUGUGUUUGAUAUUACAGUACUGGGCACAUCGGACAAGAAGGAAUGUCACUGUGGGUAACAAUCCGCAAUUCAUUAAAUUCCAGCGAGGAUAUUUUGCAGUCUACCUGGUUGCCAUGUUUGCAGAUUGGCUCCAAGGGCCGUACCUCUACAAACUCUACAGUUACUACGGCUUUCACGAGCAACAAAUUGCUGUCUUGUAUGUUUUUGGAUUUGCCUCAUCUGUCAUUUUUGGUGCAUGGACACCCAUUGCAGCUGACCAGUUUGGAAGGAAGAAGUUAUGUAUUUUUUUCACAGUCGCAUAUUCGUUGUCAUGUUUGCUUAAGUUAUCCAGAAGUUAUGGGAUUCUGUUAAUAGGUCGUCUUGUCGGUGGCCUCGCCACCUCUGUUUUGUUUACAGCUUUUGAAGCAUGGUACAUUCAUGAGCACCUGGAGACGCACGACUUUCCAAAAGAGUGGAUCCCAAUAACAUUUCAAAGAGCCUCCAUGUGGAAUGGAAUCCUUGCAGUUUUGGCCGGUGUGACCACUAACAUUGUUUCUGAGUGGAUCGGUCUGGGCCCAGUGGCCCCAUACAUGAUGGCUGUUCCAUUUCUUAUCUUUGUUGGAGUCAUCAUAUCCACACACUGGAAUGAAAACUACUCUAUGCAUAAAGUUAAGUUUGGAAGAUUGUGCUACGAUGGACUUAGAGACAUAGUAACCAAUAGGCGCAUUUUCAUGAUAGGGGCCAUAGAAGCCUUGUUUGAAAGUGUUGUGUAUAUUGUAAUAUUCUUAUGGACUCCAAUACUAGAGCAAGGGAAGCCAUCCCUUGGGAUAAUAUUUUCUUGCUUUAUGGUUUGUAUCCUUAUUGGGCAGGCAAUUUUUCAAAUCCUAACAUCAAAAGGGGUUACCGUCAUAAGGAUAUUACUGUUUGUUGUAAUCUUGUCUCUUAUUUCAAUAUUAACAUGCGUUUACUCAACACACCCUCGAACGAGACACCUCAACGCAUCCUUAGUGGCUUUCCUGGUGUUCCAGUUCUGUGUGGGUUUGUACUUUCCAGCCAUGAGCGUGCUGCGAAUGCGGGUCAUCCCAGACGCGCACAGAUACUCCAUAAUGAACUGGUUUCGCGUACCGCUGAAUCUGAUCUCGUGUGCCGUCUUGAUGCUCCUUCACGAAGACGUAUUUCUUCAUGGUAACCAUUUAAUAUUUGUUGUGUGUGUUGGCCUGUUGUCCCUGAUGCUGCUGGCGACAUUCAGAUUCAUAAGGAUUCCACUAACCCAAGAAGAAACCGAUGAGGAGCUGGGAGGAUCAACAAAGUUGUUGCUGGAGGCUGACCACAUCCACAAUAUUUUCUAGAUUUAAUUCAAUGAUCGUUUUUACGGACCCAAACUUGCACAUACAUUUUAUUGGUUCAGUUCCUUUCUACAUAAUAUUGACUACCGGUACGAGUCUUUUGGAACUGGAUUUUUAAAAAAAAAAUUUUGUAACAUUUGAG